AUGCCUCUCAAUCUCCGCGGCUCGCUCCCCAAGAGCAUACCGCGUAAGAGGAACUCAACGACGAAAACACUCCACUCCUGUCCGUCCUGUGCCAACACCCAGCAACAUAGAACCCUCUCCACGCGUCGGAGCAACCACCACGAUGCCGUCUCCUCUCCUCGACUCCGUGCGGGAGUACAAUCGCAAACGCAGCUGCAGAACCUAACAUCACGCCCACAAUCCCUCGCAAACUCGAAAUUAUUCUCGACCGCCCCAUCAACUAUCCACACAGCCCGUCAUGUUCCCCCGCGAUUAAGGGAACUGUACGAGUCCCUCGCGCAUAUUCCGAGCGUUGCGCCAGAACAAGUGAAUAUAAGUCGCCUGCAAUUGGCGCUACGUGGAUUAGAAUCGGAAAAUCCUUUGAUAAGAGUUGCGGUUCUUGGCUUAAACGAUGUUUCUUCGGCGCGAAAACUGGUGAGGCUUUUACUAGCUGAUCCAUUGAAGGGGAAAGAAGAUUGGGAAGAUAUGCUGGAUUCGGUUUCUGAGCAGGGGGGGUUAGAGAGAGGUUUGCUGAUUAGAUACGGGGAAGUUUCGGAAAGUAUCUCGAACCACCUUGUGCCUACUAUCUCAGUACCGUCGCAGGUUUUAAAGAAGGGCAAUUUGGAAAUCUUGGUUACGACUCUAGGCGCGGGAGCCGACACAUCCGCUGCGCAGCUGACGCCGGAUACGUUUUUGGUGCCAACGGUGACCAUUCCCACUUCGCAUACAGGACGGCAUAAUAUGGUGCGAUAUCCAGUGCACAGGAGCAUUGUGUGCGCGCAAGGAGUGGAUGGAUUACUCUCUUACAGUGGGUUGAUUGCUCAGUCUGACAUAAAGAAGGAGGCAGAUUCCAUAUAUGCGGCUGUCGAGAUGGGGGUUACUGGACCUAUCAAUGACGAUCGGAUUAGUUUUGUGGAUACCAACAGGGCGGACGAAGCCCUGUCCAAAUUCCGCGAAUCUGUGCGAAAUGCCGCCCUGUAUGAACGUGGAUGGAAUAGCAGUGGGGUGCAGCCAGUUGUGGACUGGUUAUCGUCUGCUCGUGGCAAGGAAGGGAGUCUAGUUCCAUCUUUGAGAUCACUUAUAAGUUCCCUGGUUGAUGCCGCAGAGCAAGGCGUUGUGGCACAGGAAACUAAGAGAGUCCGGGAGCAAGGGGAGGCCUCUGUUUCGGAAGAUGUUCGAGCAGACCUUGACCAAACUGUUUCCGCGUUGGCUGAGAAGGGACAUACGGAACUGCGCGGCGCGCUUGAGGAAGGGUUCGCAACGAAGAAAUGGCGUGGUUUGGCAUGGUGGAAGCUAUUCUGGCGCGUCGACGACGUGAGCAUGAUUACCUCCGAGAUCCUAGAGAAGAAGUAUCUGCGUCGCGCCGAGAAGGACGUGAUUUGGACCGCUGGUCAACUCGCGCAGGCUGGCCUGCAGGAACCGACAGCGCAAGAGUCGGUAGACAUCAAGGCUCCCACGGAGGGGGUAGUUGAGAGUAGAAGCGGAAACGUCUCUGUGGCUGUCGUGGAGCCCCCGAAAGAAGAGAAAAUGCCAUGGCCCACGCAAAUCACCAAGAGUCGCGCGCAUCUACUCAACACCACGGUGCCAUCGCUACAGGCAAUAGCACAACGCCUGGUGCUCUUCAGCUUAUCGACGACGUCACUGACCUCUACUCUCUCCCUACUGACCUACAUCUCGCUACCGGCAGCCUCGGUAUACGAUACCUGCACCUUCGCAGCUGUCGGGCUGAUAUACUCGCUGCGCCGACAACAGCGGAAAUGGGAAGCGGCACGGACAUUCUGGGAAGAAGAAGUGCGCGACAACGGCCGAACCGCUCUUCUCAAGACAGAAGAGCAGCUGCGCAAAACCGUCCAAGAAGGCGGACGGGUCCAGCUCCCCGUAACGGCACACGGGGCCCGAAGAGCGAUCACAAAGGCCCGCGAAGCGCUCGACAACGUACACUAG